UUAAACAUUAGUUGUACUAUUUCAGUUAAAAUCAGGUCAACGUUUUAAGCAAGAUAGUGCAUAUAAUAUAUGAAAAGGAUUUUGUGUAUGUUUGUACGCAAUUUAUUGGUUUUUGUGGCUCUUUACCUGGCCUUUUUACCUGAUAAGUUCAUAUUUAUGUGUGCUGUAAAAACGUAAGACUUUAAGUUGAAGCCACAUGGUUUAGUACUUGCAUUUGAAAGUCAAUUUAUAAUCAAAUAACAUUUUAUUCAACUAAAUAGAGGAAUAAGAUCGGGCACAAGUUGAGAAAUGGAUUUGGAAUACUGACUUUACAUGAAUUCUUUUUCUUCUAUGGUGAAUUUUGAGAGGAGAUAAACAAGAAUUGCAUGGGCGUUGGUUUGUUUAAGUAAGCAGGGAGUUGUUGAUAUGAUUUUGACUCGAAUGUGAUGCAUGGGCGAAAUGUUGUCCAAGACUGCAGUGUUAUCAGGCCCUAAACAGGGGUCUGAUGCAAGGUGUGGCCACCUCAAGGAGUUGAGUGAGGUGAGCGACCCGCUGCAGUGCCCCACCUCGUUGUCCCGGAGACACACUAUGGUGGGGCGUAAAGGACACAGAAGCGAUGAAAUAUUAAAUUAUUUUAACACAGAGCAUUUAUUAUUGAACUCAGGUCUCAGGAACGAUAUCACGGGUGUUUAGUGCGCAAGUUGGCGUGCAGACUGUACAAUAUUUUAUAUAUAUAUAUACCUCAUUCAUCAUGGAUUUAACUGGGAAAGGUUUUUCCCCGGCUCAUAGUUUUCUCCAGAAUGCAAGUAGUCUCGUAUCCGCCUAUGGUCUUGGACCCUCAUUGGUCGCAGGUCAGACACCACUGACUACUUCUAUGUUUGCCGGAACCAGUCAUGGGCUUACCAGCCCAGUUUACUCAGGGAGCUUGUCUACGUCUCUUUCCCCAUCUCAUACCUCAUUUAGUAAUGGUCACCAUAUAUCUCUCCAUCGUCAUGCUGAAAAACAAGACGGGUCAUCAAAAUCUCAAAUUUACGCAAGCCCAGCCCCAGUCUUUAAUCGACACAAAGAUUCAUUUCCGUAUGGCAUAAGUGGUGUCCCAAUGCCGAAUUACAAUUACCAUGGCGAUGUUUAUCAGUUCACCUCAAAUGGAUACCCUCGUAAAUCUCGAACUUGCAGCUAUUGUGGAAAAGUGUUCACUCGAUCAACAACACGACGUUAUCAUGAGAAAAGAUGUCCACUUCUUAGGGCUGCAGUUUCGAGCUACAUGGGUGAUGAAAACUCAGGAACGGCGACAGCUCCAGUAUCAUCUACACCAACUCGGGGAAGGUCAGCGGAGUUAACUACACAUUCUUUUAAAGGUCCGGGACAGUCACUUGGAUCCUCCAUUUCAGGGAUAAAUCUUUCUAGUGAGCCUCAGGAAUUAGCUACCUCAAUGUUGACAAAGUCUCCAGCUGGUGAAAGGCGGACCAGUGGGGAUUCAUAUUUAAGCGGGUAUCAGACUAGUGUUAUUGUUAAACAGGAACCUCAUGAGCUUGAAGCUUUGGCAAGUAUGGCCUCAGGGGCUUCAGCCUCAUCAUUAAACAAAAAACAGUUAGUGCAGUCUCAGGAGAUGUCAGAUAAUAUGUUACGUUUUUCCCCUGGGUCUGAGGACUCAGACUAUAGACUUGACACAAGUGCUAAUGUUUCACCAGGAUAUGAACCUGGUUUAGAUUUAACUGUAUCGAAAUCACCAUCCCAUACCUCAAGUGGUGGUGAAAAUGUUCAUAAAUCAAGUGAUGAUUAUAUACGCGGACAAUACGGGAAUAAGACAGAUGACAGGAAUGAUGUCAGUCAAGACUGUGGAGUGAUGCCACCACAUCUUGCACCUUUGCAUAGGAAAAGAUUUAAUUCUGAUUUGAGAAAAGUUAGUCAAGAAGGCGAGAAUGAAAUGGAAGAUACGGAGAAUGCGGGUAGGAAUAAUGAUAUGUUUGAUAGUAAUGGAGAUCUGCUGAACAAGCGAAGAAGAAGUGUUAUAGAAGCUGAUGCUGGUGAAACAGAAUCUGUGACUUCUGACAAAAGGGAUGGGAAAUCAUAUGGCAGUCACAAAUGUGGAAUCUGUGGCAAGACAUUUGAGAAUGCUGGUAAACUUCAUCUGCACGAGCAACUCCAUACCAAGUUCAAACCAUAUGCAUGUAAAUUUUGCGGACAGAAAUUUGCAAAGGCGGCACAGCGAAUUGAGCAUGAAAAAACGCACAACGGUAUGGAAGUUACACAUAUUUGCGCUGUAUGUGGGUCAUCCUUUACCAGAAAAUAUAGUCUCAAACUUCACAUGAGACGUUGGCAUCAAGAAGGUCCAUGGCUGUGCCGUCAUUGUGGAAAAGCUUCUUUGACACAAAUGGAAUUGAAGACGCACCUUUAUUCGCAUAAUCUUCCAAAAUUGGAGAGAGAGUCGCUUCUCUACAUGCCCGAUAUACCUCACAAUUACUCGGCAACUUCAGCUAAUUCUGAAGAAACUGAAGGGAAGGAUUACAGUAUGAAAGAGGCAUCUGAAAAUGAUAAUGCAUCUGGUCAGGAGGUUAGCCUUCAAAGUAUGCAAGAAAUGGAAAUGUGCCAAGAAUGUGGUCGAGAUUUCCCGAAAGGUUAUCUUCGGUACCACUUAAAGUCACAUGAAGCACAGAAACCAUAUUCUUGCCCCAUCUGUGCAAAGCGAUUUGGCUACAAGAAUAACAUGAAGUCACACAUUAAACUUCAUACGGGUAUCAAACCUUUUCAGUGUAAGAUAUGUGGAGCCAAAUUUACACGUGGUUCAACACUCCGCAGACAUGCUCGUCGUCAUGGAAUCAUUGCUGAUUCAGUGUGGGAUUUGUUUGUAAAACCGAACUAUAGUAAAAGUGGCGAGAAUCAAUCUCGCACAAAUAAACUGAAUACCCUAUCUACCUCAAGAAUGGACUCUAAUGUAAGUACAGGCAAUCAAUCUUCCACAGGCUCCGGAGCUGCGGACAGUGGAGAAUCAAACUACCUCGUUACAACUAUGUCAUCUACGCCCACACAUGGAAGCCUUUACCCAUUGUAUGCUAGCCUUGGGCAGAUGCCGCCUCAUUUGAGUCUUUACUCAGGCCUGUCUGCUUCUACCUCUUACUUAGCACCACAAUUACCUCAUUCUUCCAUAUACGCAGCCUCUAGUCAGCAGCGGCAUCCCCAGCAGCUUGAUGCUCUAAAUCUCAGUGUGAACAAAGCCUCUAAUGACCUCCAAAGCGACCAGUCGAGCUUUUCUAAUGUGUCUGCAGAAAGGUCCCGUUCAAGGUCAAGAUCGCUAAGUGGAUCAGAAACACGUCGUUAUUUGAUAGAUGAUAUGAAAACGAAUGUCAAGGAUGUUGCUGUUCAAGUGCAUACUUGCUGCACAUCAGUCCCUAAUAUCAAACAGUCGAAGUCAGAAGAAUCAGUUGGCACUCCAACAAAAACAGACGUCGCUGUUGCAGGGUCAAGUACAUCCUCAGCAACUCCAACACCGCAGUUGCCAAACACUCCGUCACCUUUGGCUGUCGUUCCGUACAUAGUUACCUCACCUUCCCAGAGACCAUCAAACAUUGAUUCUACCUCACCCGCAUUGUCCGUCUCAUCCGGCAAGGAUUACUCAAUGGAAACAAUCUCCUCACUUAUUGGCUCGGGUCGGAUGUUCAAGUGUUUCCAUUGCGAAUGCUAUUUUGCCGAGUAUGCAAUGUACAGGAUUCAUUCGAAGCUACAUGUUAGUGAUACAACACAUCCGUUUGUAUGUAUGGUCUGCGGGGAAGACUGUCACGAUCGUGUAUACUUCGCUCUUCAUCUAGCUGAACACUUACGUUAACGAAAAUUUUGUUUUAAUGUGAAGCACCUAAUUGGGUCAGAAUGAUACGGGUUAAUGGAACAUUUUUAUGACUACAAAUUUUAUUGUAUAUAUUAUGAUAUAACUACUUUGUGCUUGUAACAGUGCUAUAUUACGUAGGAGGCGUAUUCAACAGGGAAAUAAUCUACGUUCAGUAGCUCUUUUAAGAGUUAGUGGCGAAGAUGUUUGGCUCAGUUUAGACUAUUUACACAUCAUCUCACUAGUUGUAUGAGAUAUAUUUCUUUGUGUUGUUUUGUAUGUAUCUAAUCAGGGUUUAUAACAAUUGUAUGACGUAGAACUGUGUAUUUAAGGUGUACAGAGCAUGUAUAAACUAUCUGCCUAUAAACAACUAUAGAGAUGGUUUAUUUCUGCUUUACACCAUUGAUAUAUUUUCUUGAUGUGUACAUGUACAUUUUAUUGACAAAACAGUUGCCAUAUUAGUUUUUAGAAUUUUUUGCUUGUAAAUUUAUAUAGAGGUGUCAUAAUAAAAUUUUAUCUCAUGUUUUUAUGUAUAAUUGUACGUAUGUAUGAAGACUUGUACUGUGUGUAAACUAUUGUUAAUCUUGAUUUGUAUAACUUUUGUUUCUAAUCUUCCACUUUUUGUCAUCAACUUUUCUAGACCUGGAAAGGUGAUCAAGUCUCAGUCAAUCGUGGCAUUUUAUUGGCUUAUUUCAAAUUUUGUACUGACCAAUAAAGCUGCUUCAUGAUUUUGUAUUACCCAUUUACUUGCCAUCUACGUAUUUUAUUUAAAAAAAAACAACAUUUUUUUUAAAAGAGUGAGCUUUUCAUUUAAACUAAUUUUUGUCUAAAUUUAAUAUUUUUAUCGGGUUUACAGAUUUAUUUAAGAGAUAUAGCAACUUUUAAUAGGAAAAUAGAUAUCUGUUUAUUCUUAUUGGAAAGAGAUUAUUCUUUAUAAGAAAUGCUAAUGAAAACAAGUAUUUUAUGGAUCCUUUUAAAUUGUGCAAACAUGUGGAAAAUAGAUCACAUUUGUUUUUAAUUCAUCUUUUUUUUAAUUCACACAAAACAUGUUCUUUUUAAUUUUUGUUAUGAAGAGUAACUAUUUGAUUUUACAAUGACGGAAUGGUAAUUCUAUAUAAGAAUGCAUGAUGUGUAAAUGCUUGAAAUUUUGUUGUCAUUCAGCAUAAUAUGUUAUAAUGUAUAUGACUAUUUUUGAGUUCUGUUUUAGUCUGAUAAUCAGAUUAUACAUAAGUACCAUUACAUAAUAUCCUUUCCACUGAUUGUGAGAAAAACCUAAUUUCAUUAAGGAAUCCAUAUGAUAUACCUAACUCAACUUUAAGCAAAAAAAAAACAACCCCAAAAAACAAACUCAGUGAUGUUUAACCAUGACUAAACACUAACUUUAGUGUAAUUUAAUAGAGGAAAACAAUACUGCUUUAAAACAUUAUUCCAUAGUGAUAUAAAGAUUCCUUAACUAAAUUUGUUAAUCUAAAUGGUUUUAAAUCAAGUCCACAGCUAAAGAAAUAUGAUAUCUGAAAAGAACUUUUUUUUUCAUCCUUAACUUUAAGUACCUGCUUUUAAGUAUAUCAAUACGUUUGAAAUUACAAAGCUGUACUGGAAAAAAAUAUAAAUGUACUUGAGCUUAUUUUAUUUUAACUCCUUGCCAGCUUGGGCAACUGAAUAUACCCAUGAGGAAGUGCAGACCAAGAUAAGCUGGUAUGUCCGUCCGUCUUAUCAUGGUCUGCACUGUUCUGUAUACAUGUAUUUACUCAGUACAUAUUUUGAACUUUGUUGUCCUAAAAUGUGAAUGGUUUUGUCAAGAUUGAAAAAUGGACAAGUUCAUUAAAGAUAAAUUUAAAAUGGUUAUAACACAAACCAGUAAAACUAAACUAACUCUAAAGUUUAAAAAAACAUUAAUGACGUUCAUAAAGAACAUAAAAAAUGUUUUUAAAUGUGGAUAACAAUAUACAGUUGCAUUUGAGAAAUGAAAUUUAAAGAAAUCUUAUUAGGAUUGUUUUGUACCAAGUUAAGUAGCAACAUUUUGUGUCUGAUCAUCGAUUCCUAGGAAUACAAAAAUGACAUUAUAUUAAUAUCUCGUUCAUUAAGCUCAUGUAGUAGCUUAGAAUUUUAAGGUUACUGUCUAAACAAUAUUGUAAAUACCGUCAUUUUUGUUUUCAACUUCCAUAAAAAGCAUUCAUACAUUCUUGCACUGCCAUUUUGUUUGUUGUGAAAUCAGUUUCAUAAGUAAUUCUUAAGUAAACGAUAAUACUUUGCAUUUGAAACCAUCCGUGUAAAUUCUGAAAAGGUUCUGUAUUUCAUAGUAGUUUAAUUUUGAAUAGUAGGAUGGUAAAAAGCAAAAAUUGAUUUCUGUCAUAACACAAGAUACCAAACUGAACAAUGUAGUAAUAUAGCGCUUUUAUUAUUUAUAACAUUUUUUGAAAUUUACAUUAUACUAAUUUGCUGAAGAGUUAUUUAAAAUUAAAAUUCAUCUUAGAAAAUUAAAGUACUUAACAUAGGAAAUAAUGUAAAGAAAUUUAAGAUAAAAAUAUCUGUAAACUACAGUUAUAAUGAAGCUCUAUCUAAGGAUUCUACAAGCAAAUCAAUUUUGGUGUUUGUAUAUGAAAGACUGAAGGUUUUAUUUUUCAAGUUAAUAAAACCUACUCAAGCACAGUAUAGUUAGGAACAAACAAUAAAUUUUGCAAUGUCAUUAGGUUUCGUAUCUGGAGGAACAUUUUGCUUCAGUUGGGAGUUCAAAACAUUUCACCAUUGGCAGCUAUUUCUGCAAACAAAUCAGGUUUUCAACUUUUGUAUUACAAAUAUCUUGUAUUAUCAUUUUUUGUCGGGAGAACCUCAUUUGCACAAUCCAGAACACAUCUAAAAAUAGUGUACACAUCUAUAAAUAGCUUUGAUUUGUCAAGGUCUAUUGCACAAGGUGCAAUGCGAUUAUUUAUAUUUUGAAUAUUAAUUGAUAAUGAAUUUUUUUUCAUCAUCUUUCUACCUCAAACAAUAAAUAUUGUCAUGUUGAAAGUCGUAUAUUAUAGAUAUUAUAUAAAUAUAUGUUAUAUAUUUUGUCAUUAUGAUAGCCUAUAGCGGAUGUUAAUCAUUUGUUUUUGUCCCUUUAAAACUUUUCAGUGUUUGGGUUUUUUAUUAAUACUUAAAAAUAAGAUGUUAUAUAUUUUGUUGGUAUCUCUAUGUCUUGUGUAUAACAUUGGCACUAUCAGUUUAUUUGCACCCGAAUUAUUCAUCUCUUAUAACCACUUUUAAGGAAAUGAGAUUGCGGUAAAAAUGUUUUUAAUCAAUACAUGUAAUAGAACAGCAAAACUAGAACUAUGUUGUGCAAACUAUGAAAAGCAUGAUUUUUCCUGGUGUUAAUUUUUUUUAAUAAGGCGCAGAUUUGAUAUAAAACUGAUUUGUUUUUAUGUUGAAAAAAGAGAAAUAAGUUAAGAUUUUAUUAGAAUUUAACUGCAUGCCUAUCCAAAGAGUGGACUAUCCAUUUUUCCAGUGAAGUGAUACCUAUAACAAAACCAAAAAUGGAAUGUCUUAAAAAGAUAAAGAGGAAACAUUUUGAGUUUGAUAUUUUAUUUGCUAUUACUCAUAAAUUUCAUUUUCAUCCUGAUUAAAGGGGACGGAGGAGGGGUAAGAAAAUAAGGCUGUUUCAUUUCAAAUUAAUUUUAUUUUUAGUUUCUCAGGGAUUUUUCUGAAACUCAGCUCAAUGGUUAUAAUACAUUCUUUUUUUGUUGCAAAAGCAAGACAUUGUUAAAAUCUGUAUCUUUAAAAUCACUUCGUAUUUUAAAAUUUUGUCUUUUAAAAUUUAGUCGUUUUAUAACUGAAAUAAAACUCUUUAUUGUUUUGAACUGUACUUAAAAACUAAAUUUUAAUUAUUUGUUUUUCUUUCUUUUUAUUUUUGUCUCUAUAACAUUUGUUUGUAUACUAUUAAUGAAGAAAGUAUUUCAUUCAAAUCGGGUUUCUUUUAUUAUUAUUAUUAAUACUAUAACUAUUAUUAUUAUUAUUAUUUACUUGUUCAUAAGUGUUCCUAUCCCUCAUUAGUCCAAGGUAUGUUGUUGUUGUUGUUUUCUAUAUAAACUGGGAAUGGUAUGUCAUUUUAACCCCCCCCAGACAAUUACCUCAAAAUAGCUUCAAAGAUGGUUAGAAUUGAAACAUUGGUUUCGUUUUUCUGAACAAUCUCAUUUUUUUCCAACUUUUUUUCUGAUUAUUUAAAGUUGUACUUGAUUAUGUUAAGAAGCGUUUGUUUUAUUCCAUAUUUGGUGUAUUAAAAAGGCUUAGAUAUAUACCUCAAUUCAGAAUGGAAAAUAAACAAAAUCCUUAUAUUGCAUUCUAUAGCAAGGUCUUCGUGUAUCUACCUCAUGCUUAAUUAAAUGAACAAUACAUUAUGUAAGUGUAAGCAAUACUGUAUUCAUCCAAAUAAAUAUUAAAUUUUAUGUUUAUCAGUAGUUUUAAGUACCAUAGCUAAAUUUUGGAAUUAAGAGUAGCGGAUCUUUUUGUAUCGAUAUUUCGAGCAAAGUAGAUUUUUGAAUACUUUUGUUUAUUUUUUAUCCAAAUUAAAAAAAUGUGUAUUACGAUAUUGUUUAUUACCUAUACCGGGUUUAAUAUCCAUGACAAUUAUUUUUCAUAUUUGAUAGUUUAUCCAAAUUAUAAAGAUGAAGGUCAAUUUUCGGGAUUAUUUUACUCAACGUGGCAAAUGUGCAUCUUUUGCUUGUAGCUAACGACAUAAGUCAAACACUUGCAGCUUCAACACUGUCUUUGAUCACAGUCCUUGUCGCUUUGCCAGGACUGAUAACUCUUAGGCAUAAAUUUCACUGAAUUAUUCCCCUUUGUGAGCACUUUUUUGUCCGUGACUUUUGGCUUUUGUUUCAUUAUCAGCUUUUCAAAAGAAUGCUUUUGCAAAGUUAUACACAAGAGUUUAACUCUGUUCAUUUUGUUUAUUUGGAUAAAUACAGUAUUAAGAUUCUAUAUUAUUUGUUAUGUAAGAUGUAAUCUGUGUAGUUAGUUAGGGAAAAUCGGGAUGAUUUUGAAUUUUUCUUAAAUGUGGCAAUGUAUCCAUGAAUGUGAAAACUAGCAUGAUGAAAUUUUUCUGUUUAAUGGUUUUAUUUAAUGAUAUGAUGGCGGUACUAUUUCUUUCUCUUUUUUAUGUAUUUUGUUUGUUAAAUUCUUAUUCUGUCAAAUUUGUUUUAGUGCUGUCAAACCAUAGAUCACCGCUUUAAAAUUUGUCAUACUUAAAGGCGUACUUAAUUAAAGGCGUAGAUGAACUGGAUUACACGACUUGAGUUGUGAAACUUAAUUAAGUGAAGAUUUUAAAAUUUACAAUAUCUGUCGCUAUCCAAUAUUUUGACUAAAUGGGUGAAAGUUUUCAGGAUUAUUCCUGAAGGUCAGUAUUUUCAGUCUCUUAAAAGCCUUCUUUUUCCUAUGUAAAACUGUAGAAAAACUGCUAAAUUCAGGAUUUUCAGGAUUUUUAAAAUGUUCCAACUUGAUGUAUGUUUUGACAGCUCUGAGAUGAGACAACUGUUUUUUUCUAGUGCUGUGGAGAAGUACUGCCUAAAACAAUAUACUUAUAUUACAAAAAAUGGCAAUCCUAGAUUGUCAAUGGUUUUAAGUUUUAAAACAAAUACUCUAUCAAUUUCUUAAAGCAGCAUCUGUAUUAAAUACGCGUGAAAUCUCCUUUUGCAAUGCAGCCACAUGCUUGGUCUUCUCCCUUUUUUUACCUUAAAUGAAUAUAUUUCAUUGCAUUGGUUCAUUGCAUAACUUCAAAAAUAAUCCAGUGGAAAGUUUUUAAUUUUUAUUGAUGCUGUGCCAGGAGUGGGCUAUUCUAAUCGCACAAGAUAUCUUUAAUCACCAAGAAAAGCUUUUAUGAACACAAAAUGAACACAGUAUGAACGCAUCUGUGGAUUUUCCUAAAAUCAAAAUUUCACCAUUGCCAUGUUCUGGUUAAGCUGGUGUUAUUGGCAUUGGCGGUAACUGCUUUUUCCAGUACCGUCCAACAAACGGAGCCUGCAAUAUUUUCGAUUUUGUCGUUUGAUAUUUUACUUUUACGUAUAUCCAAGGUAUUGGUUUUAAAACUUUAAACUUAGGAUUGUUCAUAUUUUUCUUCUUUUUUAUCUCUUUUGUAAAUGCCUUUAGAAGGCAUCAUCAAAAAUGUCACGAUGUAAAAUUGUGCAGUUCCUUAAGGUAAGAUGUGGGAAUACUUUUAACUCAUAAUCUGCUUAACCUGCUUGAUUGCUGCAAUGGAUUUGUCCAUUUUCUAAAUUUGGAAUGGCCAAUUCAAAAGAGUCCGGUAUUUUGAUUUACACAUGUAAAAUUAAAAAAUGAGCUACCUACGGUAUUUGAGCCUGGUCAUACUGGAUCGAUACUGGUAGCAUAGCUAUGGAUCAGUGCAAAACGGACAUAACUCCUUCAUUAUGUAACCAGUUAUUUACAGCUGUUUCGCACUAAACGCUCUAGGCUAGUCAUUUUCUGUUACAGCAGACUAAGGGUUAAACUAUCAGGCGUUUGUUUUUGACUUUUGUUAUACUCGCCAAGGGGUUUGAAAUCCUUUACAAUAGGUCAUGUGUGCCUAAAUUAAUAAUGUGCUAAGUUAACUGUAUGUGCUACUUUGAAAUGUGCUAAAUUGAUAGACGUGCGUGAUACCAUGUGCUAAAAUGGCUUUAUGCAUAUAGAUAAACAUACUCAAGACCAUAAACUUUUUGAAUAAGUUCAUUACAUUAAGUAUUAAUUAAGGGACUGCACAUUUGUUGACAGGGACAUUUCAGUUCACAAUCAGUAGAUAAAGACAUAAAAUGUAUGAAAGUGGUGAUAAAAUUAUAAGUGUGAACUUUAAAGUGGCGAUUUUUUAUGACACGGUUAAGUUGUUUUCUCUAGCUAAAAGCUUUUGUAAAUGUUUUUAUAUUUAAGAAAUAUAAGAAAAAAUAAGGCGAACUUUUUAAUUUAUUGGUUGGCGUACACAAUAUUCAAGUACAUUAGUUGGUAAAAAAUAUUCUAAACUGUUUUAGAUUGUUGUAUGAUAACACAAUAUUUGGGGUAUUUAAGUCUACAUAAAAGGCGCUAUGCAUAAUAUCGUGGUACGAAUUACACUUUAUAUUUGAUCUUUUUUUU